UGCAUACAUAAUCAAAUUAUCAGUCUAAAAAACUUGAAGUUCAAAUUAAUAUAUGCCUAAAUCGGUGUUACAUUUUAUGGCAACACUUCUCUCGCAUGACCUGACAGAAAUGAGUUGUCGGAUUUUUCAGGUUCAAUUUUUACAUGCUGACACCAGAGUAUAUUAAUAAAUACUUGCAAUUAUGCUCUAGCGAAUAAAUGAACAGUUGGUCAAUAUCAUGAUGAUAUUGAAAUAUUUAUAUUCGACUGUAAUCAGUUUUAAACUUGUUGAACGCAAACUUGUACCUCUAGUAGUGUUAUAUUAUGUGUAACAUUCCUUUAGUCAAAAUGCGUUGUACUGAUACAGUAUUCAUUACCAUAUGUCAUGGUAGUGCAUUUAGUACGAAUAUACAUGUUUGAAAACGAAGUAGUUUCAAUCGUCAACAACAGGAGGCUGAGAGACCUGUGUUAAUCCUGACAACAGAAGCAGAUCUACUGAUUCAAACGUCCUUACGGUUUCCCCAAUUGCAAUUCACAAUGCGAAACAACAUACAAUGAUUUACAUGUGUAUAACAGAACUAGUCUUUUGAAAAUCACUUCUGAAGUGUCUUAUUUGACAGUAUAGCUACUUAUUCUUGAAUUUAUCUCUCCCUUCUACCACCGGACAUGUUAACUAUUUUUCAAGAAUUGUUCAGCAAUAUUUUCAUAUUCAUCAAUCUUCCUUCACUGAAAAUUUAUAAUUUGACUCUAUUCAGUAUUCGUCAUACGGUUGUUAUUCUGUUAUUGUAUGAGACUGCAAUGUUGUCAAUGGGUUGUGCAUUAACGAACUCAAGAUUGUAGAGUGGUGCAGUCAUUGGCUACUACUCUUUGUUGUGUUGCACAACCCUAUUGUACAACUCGAUUCUAAUCAACAGAGGUUUGAUCUUAUAGAGUGGGUAGUAUUGUUGUUGAUUCUUAGUUAUUUGACAUUUGUAGUUAGUAACUAUGAUUCACUGAAUGGUACGACAUUGUAUGACAGCAUCUUUUGACUGUAUGGUGACCGAGAGUUAUGGAAAUGAUUUAGAAAUCUGAAGAACAACCUGAAAUCACAGUCAAUAAAUUUUCACAUCGACAAUAGAUCGAUCUGUUCACUUCAAUUAAAGCGUCUAUCAUCUGACCUGGAACAAAUGAAUUGUAGGAUUUUUCAACAAUCAGUUUGUACUUGUUGAUGUGUGAGCAUGUAAACAAACAGAUCUGAUUAUGUUCAACUCAAUAAUUGUUUAAGUAAUCUAUAUGUGAUAUUUUGAACAAUCAUAUUGUACAUGAUUUUGUCUUUAUUAUAAAACGUGAAAAUUAGUCUGUGAAUAACCUUUGUUUUGAUGAAACACAUGUGAUUAUAUUAACUUUAAUUGGUUUAAAGCAAUCGUACGCCCGAUUGUAUGCCUUUACGUUUUAAGUUAAUAUAUGUCUUUUGUUUUGUAUUGAUGUUUUAUGUUUAUAAAUGCAAGUUAGUCAAGGCUAUUUAAUUACUUCAAGUUAGUUUUCACUAGUAUUAUUAAUUUGACAAUAGUAACAGAGGUUCAAUGCAUCAAAUGAAAAUAGUAACUCAGUGAAUUUUGGAUUAUCAAAAUGGUACAAUAUACAGAAUUACGACAAUUUAGAACUGUGGAAUUAUCAUGUACUGGAUUAUUAUUUCAUCAUGCAAGACCUCAAGAUUUUGUAAAAUCUCAAUGGAUGUGUUUCACACCGAAAUGUUUCACAAUAUAUCGUGUAUCUCUGGCAAUUCUUUUGUUAGUAUGGAUUAUAUACGAUAUUGUUAUAGAAACAAUGAGACAUUUCGAUCAUUCUGAAUAUAGUUGGAUCACAUAUGGUACAAAUUGGGCAUUUCUGAUACUUACCAUAGUUCAUAUAUCACUAGCUAUCUACUGCUUGAUUUACAACAUAAAAUAUUCUAACAAUGAACCAAGAUAUUAUCAACCGAUAUGGUUUCUGUAUAAUUUAUCAUCAACAUGUAUACUUGUGGUUUCUAUCAUAUUUUGGUUUUCAUUGUCGACCAUUCCAUUGAAUGUAUUCGCAAGUUGGCAGAGUCGAGUUAAACAUUCAUUGACUUCAGUCUUGGUCGUAAUUGACACAUGCCCUUGUGCUAUUCCGAUGCGAAUGAUACAUGUCAUUUAUCCUUGCCUACUCGGUGUGAUAUAUAGUUUAUUCACAUAUUUGUUUUGGUUACUCGGUGGUGCAGGUCCUUAUAAUAAAGGACAAAUUUAUCCUUCCAUUGAUUGGAGUAAACCACAAUCAACAAUACUAGCCUGCUUUAGUGCUCUGAUGUCUGUUAUUUUAUGUCAUGCCACACUUUAUAUAAUCUAUUUCAUACGAGUGAAUAUAAGCGCUAAAUUAGGUGGUCGAGGUUUCAUGCUCGUUAAAGAAUCGAAGGAGCAACAGUGUUAUGACAAUGAUGAAUUUGAUUUGAGCGAAGAGAUCAGUGAGGAUGGCAAGCAAACUUUCCAGAUAAGGAAGAUAGAAAAUCCACAAACAAUGUAUCAAAAAUAUGGUACAAUUGAAUAGAACAUUAUUUCUUCACACACGUAGUGUGUAGACCAAAUUUUCAUAUGGUUAUCUUUAAAAAAAUUGCUGAACAUUGAUUUAGUAUGAGGUGGAUACUAUUUGUUAGUGUCGUAUUCAUUUCUAUUAUCCGAUGUUAGACUGUUUCCACUUCUUAUACUGAAAAUGCGCUUCUAAUAAAUACCGACCAGGAUAGCGAGGCAUGUGUUUCACCAAUCGAAAUUUUGGCCCUUUUUAUAAAUCCA